AGUAAACAGUCGAUACUGUAAUAAUUUAAUGUUUGAUUUCUAGCACAAACAUUUCAUGGGGCAUGUUGUAAUUCCCGAAAAACCACCAGAGGGAGGUGUUGCUCAGUUGCGCUGUCUUCUUCACUGGCUCUCACAUGAUUACGCAAUCACAACAAACGACUGUCUGCAAGCUGUACAGACGAAUGUUGACAGUCACGUACACACUCUGUUCUCUCAAUUCCCUGAUGCUUUGGGCUGUGGCUUAUGAGUUCAGGCUAUGUAGAAGCAAACUUUAACUUCUCUAAUGUUAGUUUGUGUAUUUAUUUGUAUGCAGCGUGGCUAGUGUUCGUAUCUUUGAAUUGGUCUUGUCCAGUCUCUGUCGAUGCCUCAGGAAUCUCCAGAGGGGCAGCAACCGCUGCCGCUGGUCCGAUCUCUGGCUAGUCGGAUACCGGUCCAUGUGGUGUUCUGUAACCGCAGUCCGCGAGUCGUAAAGCCCGUCUGGAUCAACUUCCGCGGGGAGCCGCAGCCAUACGUAGAUAUUCAGCCAUACACCGGAAAAAGAAUAGCAACUUAUGUGGGACAUCCAUGGAUGUUUCGGGAUGCAGAAACUGAUGAUCCAAUGGUAGUCAAUAAUAAAGAAAUGUAUUUGCCAUCCCACCUUGAAAAUGGACAAGUCUCAUUUCCCAAAAUCACAUUGCCUGUGUUGACCUUGCGAGAUCGCUGUCUGCAAGCUGUGAGGCGGUUGGUUCGCAAAGAACAUAUCUGUCAGCUGGAGGUCGGCCGCUGCCUACAAGAUGACCUUGCUCAGACACCCAGCAUUCAUGCCGAUCUACGACGCAUUGGCCAGCGAGUGGAACAGAAGUUACUGGAGAAUAGAGAACAGCAAAACUGAUGAAAAUAUGAACAUUAAUGUGAUUGUAAAUGAGGGCAUAUUUACUGAGCACACACGUGCACCAGCUCCAUAAAUGGAUAAUAAUAUAGUCCAGCACUGUAAAAUACAUGUUGUUAAUAAACCUCAGAUCAGAAGGAAUAUUUCUUAAGCAAAUAAAUGCUUUAAACAUAGGUAUUUUUACGUUUUUCAGGAACAGGCACCGAGUCCACAGAAAGAACUUUAGAAAAUGCAGAUUUUGUGUUGUAGGCACUGAUCUAUAAUAUAUAUAGAUCAGUGGUUGUAGGCCUUGCAAAAUUUUUGGUUACAGUUCUCUGUAUACUUCUACUCUUUUAUCAGCUUUAUAUUUGGAAAUAUCUUUCUAAUUAAAAAAACUUUUUAUGUA